CACGUCCUAUUUCCUUAAAGGUCAUAGAAACUACAACUCCCAGAAUUCCUCACUGACUCCCGCACCGUGCACCGCCUACACAGUCUGUUUCCACCCCACGACAGCGUGCAAAAUCAUUCCUGCUGCUAAUUACCUCAGCUGGGGGUCGUGGAAGUCCUGUCGGGUGAAGCCAUGGCUACAUUGCGCUUUGGGCAGAACAUCAUAAAGGCGUCGGCGGUAUUUCUGCAAACAGACAUGUCCUUCGCUCUGGUUAAUCGGAAGCCUGUGGUGCCAGGCCAUGUGUUGGUGUGUCCCAUAAGGCCGGUGGAGCGUUUUCGAGACCUGCGGCCUGAUGAAGUGGCGGAUUUGUUCAGCGCCACGCAGAGAGUGGCCAACGCUGUUGAGAUGCACUUCGGUGCCACCUCCCUGACCAUCGCCAUCCAGGACGGACCCGAGGCCGGACAGACGGUGAAGCAUGUCCAUGUCCACGUGCUGCCCAGGAAGCCUGGAGACUUUGAGAAGAACGACAGCAUCUAUGAUGAGCUGCAGAAGCAUGACCGUGAAAGCGAAGACGUCGCGUCCAAGUGGAGAUCAGAGGACGAGAUGGCGAAAGAAGCGACGGAGCUCAGAGGACUCUUCAGUUAGUCUUUUUUGGUAAUAUAAAAAAAAAUAAUAAAUAAAAAUAAAAUAUACAAAAAAAUA